AAAGUGCUCAUAAAGCCAGUAGUGACACAGAUGUAACAAGUGUCUGACUACAAUAUCACAUGCUACUCUAUCUGCCGUAUUCGGUUAUUGACCAACUUUAUAACUGAAGCUACAGUAGAGCCGCCCCCAGCGCUCCGGGACGCUAGACCGUGGACCGAGAUACCCCAUCAGCGCCCCACUACAUCUACCCGGAGUACAGCUAAACGUGUAACACACGGCCAGAGGAAGGCGACAGGACGUUACCGUUGUUUACCCUAGUGUUUCAGGAUACUGACAAGACAUUUUACAAUAACUAUGAGGAUAUUACGUGAAGCCGGAUGAACACAUGUUGUGUAUGUUGUGUGUGUUAUAAUGUGGAGUUCUAGUCAGUAAUUAUAAAUCGUUGUCAAUCUAUAAUAUUUGUUAACAUGGGGCCUACAGUAGAAAUGUCACCGUCUGAUGGGACAGACGGGCAGUUGGAUUCAGGUGCUACUGCUGCUGGUGACGAUGACGUCACGAUUCCAUGUGGAUGGUUUUCGUUCCAUCCCCGCAUGUGCCAAAGAUUCAGAACCCCAAGGUGGCUCCUGUUUUGCCUGUGUUGGGUGUCCUUUAUUCAGGGUAUGAUUGUUGGCGGUUUCACCAGCGUCAUUAUAUCGAGUGUGGAGCGACGUUUCCAGCUGAGUAGUACAGAAUCUGGACUGAUCUCAAGUUUUUACGAUAUAGCCUCCGUCCUUUGUCUCAUGCCCGUCAGCUACUUUGGGGGGAUGGGUGUGAAAUCUCGGUAUCUCGGUCUCGGUAUGUUUACGAUCGGGGUUGGUACCCUGCUAUUUUGCUUGCCCCAUUUCACCACGGACGCUUACAGAAUGGGAACGGAUGAUUCUAGUAUGUUGUGUACAGAUACCGGUGGAACGAAGAUCGAAUGUGGUGCUUCCGGAAGUCUGUCGUAUUAUAAAUAUAUGUUUUAUUUUGCCAUGUUGAUCAUGGGAUCUGGAGGAUCACCACUGUUUACAUUGGGACCUACCUAUCUGGACGACAGUGUACCUGUUAAAUCUGCAUCUACGUACCUAGGUAUAUACCAUGCCAUGAACAUCUUAGGCCCGGGGGUCGGAUUCCUGGUUGGAGGGGCGUUCCUAAAGCUGUACGUGGACAUCGAUAAGGUAGACGUUGCCAAGUUGAACCUUAAUGCUAACAGCUCGCAGUAUGUAGGUGCUUGGUGGAUCGGCUACCUCAUAGGAGGUGUGUUGGCUAUCGUUGUCGCUAUUCCACUUGCUGGAUUUCCUAAAUCUCUUCCAGAUUCUGCGCAAUUCAAACACGAAAAGGAUAAGGAAGUUCAUGCUAACGGCGACGUGGAGGAAAAUAUAGACAGCAGUACCAAGGGUAAGAAACUGGACCUGAUGAACCUGGUGCAAUCACUGAAGAUCCUGUUCCUGAACCCUAUGUUUGUGUGUAUGCUGUUCGUCACAAUCACUAGUGGGUUCCUGUUGGCCGGUUUCGCCACAUUUCUGCCAAAAUUCUUUGAAAUCCAGUUUGGCUUAUCAUCAUCGUCUGCUGCUCUCUACGUCGGUGCCUCUGCUAUAUGUGCUGGAGCUGGUGGUACAUUCUUAGGUGGAUAUAUAGUGGAGAGAUUCAACCUACAAAUCCGAGGGAUUCUUAAACUAAGUUUGGUGCUGCUCGGAUGUGCUUUGCUUUCUUCACUCAUUUUUAUAGCCAAUUGUUCCAGAGUGCCAUUCGCCGGUAUCAACGUGGCAUAUGGCGACUUAACGAAAAGUGCUAUUACGUUCUCGGGGACUUUUAAAAACGACAGUUGUCACGCUAGCUGUAACUGUGUCAGGGACAAUUUGAACCCAGUCUGUGGCAAAGACGGCAUCACUUACUUUUCACCCUGCUUCGCCGGAUGUACAAUUGUUUCCCAAGACAAGGAAAUCUGGGAGUAUACAAACUGUAGCUGUGUUGGUAAUGUAGCAGGCAGUGUGGAUGCUACAUUAGGCACGUGCGAGAGCUCGUGUCAAUACCUGCCUGUAUACGUGGUCUUCAUCAUCUUCAACAUGUUCUUCUCCUUCUGUAUGACAAUGCCUUCUCUCACCGCCUCUCUCAGAUGUAUACCAACAAAACAGAGAACCUUUGGCCUUGGUAUACAGUGGGUAAUAGCGAAGUGUUUAGGAUUCAUCCCAGGGCCAAUUAUGUUCGGGAAGUUGAUAGACAUGUCGUGUGUUUACUGGCAGAACGAUUGUGGUGACGAAGGCUCAUGUAUUCUAUACGACAAUGAGAAGCUGAGCUAUCAUUUCCUUGCCAUCACUGUCGUUGGUAAGGCCCUGUCCCUCCUUUUUCUCCUGUUUGCCUUACUGGUAUAUAAAUCACCGUUAGAUAACGGCUAUGGUAACGAUGUUAAAGGCAAAGUUGCCGACGACGGAAGUGACUUCAACAACACACCGGAUAUGGGUUCACAUAAUGUAAACGGUGUUAGAAUGAGACGAAUGACGGAGAGGGAAAUAUUCAAUUAUGCGGAAACCGAAAAUGUUGCAAAGGUUCAUCAUGACUCUGCUCAUUCAGAGAUAUCAGGCAAACCAGAUGUGACAAAACAAAAUGGAGUGAUGAUAAAUGUAGCUGAAAAUACGUCAAUAAGUACUGAUUACGAGAGCGAGAUUGUGGAUAACGACAGUAGUGGGAGUCAAAACGACGGAAGUGAAAAAGAAAUUAUUGACGAAACUAGGUCAAUUGAUAACGAGUUUGAAAGCGAAAAUGGAGAUACAAAUACAACAUUAGACAAAAAUUUACAAACACAAAACGGUUUAUUAAUGAAUAACUUCUUCCAAAAUAACGAAAGCUCAAAGGAAGACAUUGGUUACCAGUCGCAGGAAAGCGAUAAAUCCGACGAGGUAUCAUUGGAGAUUAACUCGGAUGCAGGAUCGCUACAAGGCAACGAGGGUAGCGACGAUAAGGCAGAUGAUAUGAAUAUAGGAAAAAUUAAAAGAGAGGCGACGAUGAAUAUAGAAGACAUUUGUGAUACUGAGGAAUUCUUCAAAAAAUACAAAAAACGUGAUGACAUCGAUCAAGACAAAACUCUCUGUGAAGUUGAGAUAGUGUGAAACCAUUGUUGACAGUCAUUCUUUAAUUUCGUACGCAUUUAAUGCAUAGUAUGAAUUGGUGUAUAGAGGGAGAUAAUUAGAAAUCAGGGAGGUAACUAUAAAUAAGAAAUCCACAUUUGUCAUUUAUCGGUGAAAACAUGGAAUCUCGUUUUAGGAGGAGCCGGUCCAAGGGGAUGACAUUCUCCAGAAAUUUGGAGAAAAACCACUAAAUCCUAAAACCAAACCGCUUGUUUAUCUUAGAAAUUGGGACAAUACUACAUAGCUCCUGGUCCGAAACUCUUAAACCCAAACUCCUUGUUCCUUUUAGGAAUUGGGACCAUUUCACAUGACUCCAAAUCCGUUGUUCAUUUUAAGAAUUGGGACAAUACUAUACAGCUCUUGGUCCGAAAAUCAAACUCCUUUUUUCAGCUAAGGAAUUGGGAGCGUACCACAUGGCUCUUACUCUUAAACCCAAAGCCCUUGUUCGUUUUAGGAAUUGGGACCAUUCCAUACGGCUCUUACUCCUAAAACCAAAUCCUUUGUUGAUAUUAAGAAUUGGGACAAUACUAUACAGCUCUUGGUCCGAAAAUCAAACUCCUUUUUCAGCUAAGGAAUUGGGAGCGUACCACAUGGCUCUUACUCUUAAACCCAAAGCCCUUGUUCAUUUUAGGAAUCGGGACCAUUUCACACGGCUCUUACUCCUAAAACCAAAUCCUUUGUCUAUCUGAAGAAUUGGGAGCAUACCACAUGGCUCUUACUCUUAAACCCAAAGCCCUUGUUCAUUUUAGGAAUUGGGACCAUUUCACACGGCUCUUGCUCCUAAAACCAAAUCCUUUGUCUAUCUGAAGAAUUGGGAGCAUACCACAUGGCUCUUACUCCUCAAACCAAAUCAUUUGUUUAUCGUAGGAUUGGGGACAAUACAUCAUGGUUCUUAUUGCUAAAACCAAACCCUUUGUUUUAUCUCAGGGAUCGGAAGAAUACUUCAUGGCUUUUUAUCCCAUUAAUAAGACGCUAUAACACACAUUGUCAUAGGGACAGGUGGGGAGGAGAAAGCCACGUAACACAUACCUCCCGUCAUCAAACACCAUCUGAUCUUAGAUAAAUAAUGGGGUCCCGAUUACCACAUUGCCCUGUUUAUCACAUAUAUAAGGCAAAUUUGAUAAUCGUUUUUAUCGAUAAAUUGUGCAAGUUAUAUAUUUAAAUAUGUUAUAUUAUAUGGCUCUUCUGGAGAUCAACGCACACAUCUGAGUUGAAGUCAUUUGGUUAUUUAAAUGAUUGAUAUUUUCGAGUUUGUUCAACGUAAUGAGUGCUUUGUCUCUAAUAAUAGAGAUAAAACUGUGUAAACUGAAUUGCAUUGAUUACAAUGCAAAUAUUAUGAGUCGGUACGUACAGACGUUGUCGUUUUGAUUUACAUGGACAUUGUGAUAAAUGAGGUUGUAUGAAAAAUGUGUUUCUAGACUAAAACUGUUUUCAUUACAACCCAAUAUCUAUACUGUCGGGAUUUCACUAAAAGACUGUGUAUCCUUAUUGUCGUUGAUAUUUCAUAAAGAUAGUCCCGUUUGUCAGUAUGCAUCUAGACUGUCGACUUCAUACAGGUACCAAUGUGUCUGAUAAAUCGUAUUUACAACAUUCUAAAGAAAGUGCCUAGAUUGUCGAACUGUUAACUGUCAAAACUAACCUACGAGUUUCGCGUAAAACAUUGUCUCUAUUGUUGAGAUUAUAUGACCAAGUUUUUCACAUUAUGUAUCUCGAAUGUCGUGUUAUAAACGAUAAGUGUAUGUUAGAUUUCACUGUUAACUGUUUGUAUAGGUUGUAGAGUUUUUAUUGGAAAACACUAUUUUCAUUGUCGUUUUUCACAGUGAAAUGAUAAUUUCUAGAUUACCGCGCUUUCACUGGAUAAUAUUUUUCUCUACUUUAUCGAAUUUUUACCCUUAAGCAUUUUUUUCUAGAUCAUCAAUAUUCAAAUAAAACAGUUUUGAAAGAUUGUUUUGAGUAAUCACUGUAAAACAAUUCGUGUAUGCUAUCGAAUUUACAUUCGAAAACACCGAAUUUUCAUUAAAUUAAUCCCGCCCCCCCCCCUCCCCCACUAAUAUUAUCGAAUAUUCAUUCUGAAAUAUUUUUUCUCAAUAAUUGAGUUUUUGUUUUAAAAUAGUUUUGAAAGAUUCUUCAGUAACUGCUAUAGAACUGAAACAUUUUCGAUUUUUCACGGUAAAAUAUGUUUUUAUCCCAUCGAGUAUGACUGAGUAUAACUUGUACCACUAAGUCACCUAUAAAACGUAUCUGUGAUAUAACCGUGUGUGUGUAUUAGUAUGUGUGAACUGUGUGAAUGUCUAACUACAUCUGGUCGUAAGAUAUGGUUGUGCAUUUAUUUGAGAUGUAUAUUGUUGUCACUGUACACAAAUGUUAGUAGUGCUAAUAAAAUUUUAAAUGUUUUUAAAUAUAAAAAAAAAUG